AUGUUAUUUGUUCUCCAAGUUCUGUUUAUGGCGUUUCAAGUUCGGGAAUCGGCACUUCAUACGCGAGCUUCCUUGCCUGCAGCCAUACUCAGCAUCAUAGCAACCUUUGCGGCAUCAUACGUCUCCUUCGUAGAGGACCAGCGAUCUGUGAGACCCUCGGAUCUACUCGUCCUCUAUCUCUCGGCGUCUAGCAUUUGCAAACUGCCUCAGCUGCGCUCACUAUGGUUAAUUUCAUCCGUUGAAGUUUGUCGAUAUCUCUCGCUAGCCAGCUUGCUUUUGAUGGUGGCGAUUAUAGCUGUUGAGUCGAUUCCAAAAACCAAGAUUUUAAAAUCUCACUAUCGUGGUGGUACCAGCGAAGGAAAGAUCGGGUUUUGGAGCCGAUGCUUCUUUAUCUGGAUAUUGCCAUUCCUUCAGACAGGGUAUCGGGAAGCUCUAGACGUCGAGGAUGUCGCGGAAGUUGACACAAAUCUUCAAGGACAAUGCUCUGGCGGUAAGCUUCGAAAGUCCUGGGAUGUUACAAGCAUAAACGGUCAUUAUCGCUUAGUUAAAGCCGUGUUUCGUGCAUACAAAUGGGCUUUUGUCUUCGCGAUCCCCCCACGUCUGACCUACAGUUGCUUUACAUUCGCGCAACCUUUUCUGAUUACAGCAACUAUAAAUUAUAUUGGAGAAUCGUCAGUGUCAGAGCCUAAAACUUACGGAAAUGGACUCAUCGGGGCAUAUUUUCUGGUAUACCUGGGGUUGGCGGUUUCCAAAGCCGUAUACUGGCGUCAGACAUACCGUCUACUGACCAUGAUGCGAUCUGGUCUUAUAUCUAUGAUCUAUGACCGGACUAUCGACAUGACUGCGGCUGAUUUGACUGAUUCCGCAGCUAUCACAUUAAUGAGCACUGAUGUCGAACGAAUAGUGGCCAACUUGAAGAACCUGCAUGAGGCAUGGGCCUCUAUCAUCGAAAUGGGGAUUGCAAUUUGGUUAUUGGAGCGCGAGAUCGGGGUCGCCUGCUCCAUACCCCUUGUUAUCUCACUGGGUUCCGUGUUAGCAAUGAUCCCAGUGUCAAACCGAUCUGGACAGGCGCAAAAAGAAUGGAUCGAGCGAGUACAAAAGCGACUCGCAGCGACAGCAAACACGUUAGGCAACAUGAAGGCCGUACAUAUGCUGGGGCUGAGCGAUAUUAUUUUACCGCUGGUGUCACAUCUACGUGAAUACGAAGUAAGCACUUCUGUUACUUUCCGAAAGUUGCUGAUAUGGCAGGUUGCGCUCUCGAACUUGCCCGUUGUUUUUGCCCCCUUUGCUACGUUCACAAUUUACGCGAUAAUAUCUGUUGUGCGACACGAUGGGUCAAUCCUCUCUGCUCAGGCAUUCACAUCCCUCGCUUUGAUUUCUCUUCUUACAAAUCCCCUGCUCAUAUUCUGCCAAGCCAUGCCCGCACUCUGGCAGGCUUUCGCUUGCUUUGACCGGAUUCAAGCGUAUUGUGCAGAAGGCAUCCAUUCAUCCGCAAAAUAUGAAGAGGAGAUCCAGCCAUUACCGACAUCUGAAAAAUUCUUGAUCUCAUUCCAGAAUGCGGACAUAGCACACUCCUCGGAGAAAGAGCCCGUACUACGCAAUCUGAAUGUUAAUAUACACCAAGGCAUUACGAUGAUUGUCGGUCGUGUUGGGUGCGGGAAGUCAACUCUGAUUGAGAGCAUCCUCCACCAGCACAUGGUUCAAAAUGGCUCCAGAACAGCCUCAUUCUCAAGAGCGGCCUAUUGUCCACAGAUACCGUGGAUUUGGAACGACACCAUCCGGAACAAUAUAAUCGGAUUCCUGGAAUUUGAUCAAAAGUGGUAUGAUUUCACAUGUGCAGCGUGUGGCUUGCAAGAGGACCUCGACGCUCUUGCAAAAGGUGACAUGCAUCUGCCUGGAAGCAACGGCAUCUCACUUAGUGGAGGACAAAAGCAGCGGAUUGGGCUCGCCCGAGCAGUCUACUCUAGACUUGACGUCGUCAUUCUUGAUAACGUGUUCAGUGGCCUCGACUCGACAAGUGUUGCACUUAUCUCGAACCGGCUUUUCGGAAAGGAUGGUCUCUUUAAAAAACUGGGGAUAUCAGUUAUCCUCGCCAUGAGUACCUAUCAGUUGCUUCCCCAUGCGGAUGAAAUUGUGAUGAUGGAUGAGGGAAAGAUAACAGCACUGGGGUCAUACAAUGAGAUGCUUUCUAAGGGAAAUAUUGACCCAGAGAUUCAGAACCCAACUGCGGGUUCUCCUCUUGCAAUGGUGGACAAGUCAAACUCUCACCUCACUGUUGUCGAAAACAAAGAUCCCCCCAGCAUCUCUGUGCAAACAGCCGACGAUGGAAAAACCAUCCGCGUUAAACAUCGACAGAAUUGGUCCGUGUACAGAUAUUACUUUCGGAGUGCAGGAUAUGGCCUUUUGGUCUCGUUUUUAGCCUUCACUAUUAUUGAGGCUUUUUGUUCCAGCUUCCAAACGCUAUGGAUUCAAUGGUGGGUCGAGGCAAAUGAAGAGCAACCUAACAAGCAGCUGGGGAUGUAUCUCGGUGUUUACGGCUUGAUAUUUGGAUUGACGUUUCUGAGUCUCAUAAUUAGCUGCUGGUUGCUCUUCGUCCGAGCUCUUAACAACACUUCGCUGAAUUUGCAUUCCGAUCUUCUCAAAACAGCGCUUAGAUUUAGUCAAGAUUUGGAACUUAUUGAUAUGAUGCUGCCGAUAUAUGCUGUCAAUUGCGUGACUAGUCUCAUUGAGGUUUUUAUCAACAUAAUUAUCAUCUGUGCUAUGGGUAGAUACCUGGCAGUGACAAUUCCAUUCUUAGGAGUGGUUCUAUUCUUCAUUCAGUCAUAUUACCUACGCACAUCCCGACAGGUCCGAUUGUUAGAUAUCGAGGCCAAGGCACCCCUCUACACACACUUUCUGGAGACGAUCCACGGCAUAUCAAGCAUUAAAGCCUUUGACUGGGGGCUCCAGCUACGAGAGAAAAGCCAUUUCCUAUUAAACCGAUCGCAGCGACCGGUCUACAUGCUCUACAGUAUCCAGCAAUGGCUGAUUCUGGGGUUGGACUUGGUUGUAGGCGCGAUCGCAGUCAUUUUGAUUGCCAUGAUCACAUCCCUAAGAGAGCAAUUCAGUGCAGCAUCCAUUGGGGUUGCCCUUAACAUUAUACUGACACUAAAUCAAACCUUGGCAAAUGCUCUCAAGAUGUGGACUAUGACUGAAACCUCUAUCGGGGCCGUCUCGCGUGUGAAAAGCUUUAUAGAAGAUACUCCCUCGGAAGGACGUCUUGUGAGAUCUCCAGUUGCUCCUCAAUUACCACAUGGCUGGCCUUGCGGCGGUGCGGUGAAGUUUACGGACGUGACUGCUGGAUAUGACCACUCAAACACACUGGUCCUCAAAAACUUGAGCAUGACCAUCAAGCCUGGAGAGAAAAUUGCCGUUUGCGGAUCAUCCGGGAGUGGAAAGACAUCACUUAUCAUGGUAAUUCUUCAGAUGCUUGACCUUCAGUCCGGACGAGUCAACAUAGACGGGGAGGACCUCACUGAGAUCCCGAGAAGCAAAAUCCGCUCGCGCAUCAACGUUGUCCCCCAAGACCCAUUUUUUAUGCCAGGAAACCUCCGCUUCAAUCUUGAUCCUCGCCAGUGCGUGACCGAUGCAGAGCUCAUCCUUGCAAUUGGGAAGGUGGGCCUUUUGGACCGAGUUCGUGCCAAAGGAGGUUUGGAUAUGGAGUUUUCUGCUGCGGACUGGUCAGUUGGGCAGAAGCAACUACUUGCCUUGUCUCGGGCCCUGGUGAAGAAGAGUGCUUUAUUGAUCUUGGACGAGGUUACGAGCAGCGUCGAUUCAGAGACAGAGGCGAUUAUGCAGGAUAUUAUUGAGAAGGAAUUUUCUCAGCAAACUAUCAUUGCAGUGGUGCAUCGGCAUCGUUAUAUUCAUUGGUUCGACCGGGUGAUGUUGCUCAAGCAUGGGGAACUUGUGGAGUGCGAUGGGGCUGAAGCGUUGCUGCAGCGGGAUUCUGACUUGCGGAAGCUAUAUUUGGCUUUCCAAGAGCCGCCUAUAAGUGUAUGA